UGGAGGACUGCCUUGAACAACAGAUGACAAUCAUCAGGCUUAGUAUCUUUUCACAGGAAUCUUUGUGAACAUUUUUUUGUUUUUUUGUAAAUGUAUUUUGUUGCAUGCUUGCUUGAGUUUAAGAUGGAGCAUUUAGGAGAGCUAACUUGCUGUGACUGUAACAUGGCAUUUCGCUCAUCUGGCCUUUUGGAUAAGCACAAGGCCCGCUUCUGUAUUGGAAGUGACUGUAUUGGAGAGCCAGUAAGGUUAAGAAGAAGACGAGUGGAAAGCAGUCAGCCCGAAAAAGCAGCUUUGAGGGAAUUGUCCCCAAAAAGGACACAAACACCUGAUCUUGUUUCUCUGAGAGAGCAGAGGAAUAAACUGUUGAUGCAGAAGGACAGACGAGAGACUGACCCUCAGGACAGUGUGGCUGAGAGCAUGAUCAUCAACAAGCUCACUGAUGAGUUUCACAAGCUGAGGAUUUCGAUUGAAGAGAACCUGCCAAGAAGACGUACAGAGAGAGUUCAUAAAGAGAGGCACUGGGAAGCUCGUGAGCAUUAUGGACAGAAACUGGCUCAGAUCAGAGCACACAACACCCAGCUGGAGCAGCAGAAAGAGGAAAUUGAGCGGCAGCUAGCGGAGCUGUCAGGGCAGGGUCAUUCAGCACAUCUAGAGGACCUGAUGCAAGAGCUGAAAGAACAGGAGGAGAAGAACGAGGUGAUUCUGUACCAACUCAGCACUCAGAUUAAUGACAUACAUGGGAUGAAAUAUACAGAUGUAUCUUCAGACCCAGUUGAGGAAAAGAGGACACAAAGAGGACACAACACCUUUGACCUGAUCUCUGUGGAUGGUCCACUUUCCAGUCAGAUAAGAUCAUUGAGGCUAGCCUACAUGCAUUCCGGUGGCUCUGAUCCGGAGGUUCUGGCCCACAUGCAUGACCUUCAAGCUGAGGCUUUCACACUGGAACAAGCCAGAACUAGAGCUGAGGACAAGGCAGGGAAAGGACGAGAAAAGAUCCCUCAUCCUACUGUGGACUCGGAUAUUGUGGCAGUGCAGCAUGAGAACCAGAAGCUGGAGGAGGAGAUCCUCAGACUGCAGCUGAUCAGAGAGAGACACAGAGAGGAAGAAGGACUCUAUCUGACCCAAAGUCAUCAGAUCCAUCAAGUGGCCAGUUUGCAGGAAGAAAUAUCCAGCCUGAGGAGGGAGCUGAAGAGAAGCAGAGAUAGAGGUGGAGGUCCCUACCCUCCCCCAUCAAUCCCUGGAAAUCCUCUUACUCAGACAUAUCCACCUUUGGAUUAUACUGUGAAACAUUCAGUGUUGGGCACACAUGUUCCUGAUCCUAUGAAUUCUCUUGGUCCUUCUCCGUAUGACCCUGGGGCUGGAUUUGUGAUCUUCUAUGACAUGGUGCUGGGUGUAGAUGCCACUUUUAGAGCAAUUCAUCUGGUAGCCGGAUUGUACUCUAGGGGGCAAGAGAUGGGGCGAUGCACCCUUAUACCACCUGUCCAGUGCCAGCCUGCUGGGACUCUGGCCUAUCCUCCCAGCAGAAACCCUGAAAACUGUGCCUUACUGGCUGUAAAACAGCCUGUGCCAAGGCUGCAGCCAUCUCCAUCACUCUCUGUGGUCUUGGAGGUGCAGACUGCUGGGGGUCUGGACUUGUCUGGUCAGGAGAUUUAUGACUUUGUGCCCCAUGGCUGGACCAUGCUGCAGCUCUUUGACCAGUACAAUCAAGUUCAUAGUGGAUUUUGGAGGCUUCCAUUUCGCUGCCUGCCUAAAAGGCCCUCUCUCAGUCCAGCCCAGCUAAACUCCGUUCCUCAGAUGGGUAAUAUGGAGAUUUGCCUUUGUGUGGUUAAUGCUCGUGAUGAAGGUGUGCAGUCUCUCGUCAAGGUGGAUUCUAAUAACACCAGUCAUUACAGAUAUCCACCAAUAAAUGGUGAUCUCAAAUCACUAACAGUCCUGGAAGGCCAAGUCACCACACCUGAUACCACAACAUUCAUUACACCCCAAAACUGAUGUCAUGACCUGUAGUUGGAGGAGAGAAUUAGAACACCCACCCAGUCUAAUCUUCGGUGUGGUUUCAUUUUUGUGUCAUUAGCGUUAAAAAAAAAAAAAAAAAAAAAAAAAAAAAAAAAAAA